AUGGGACGCAGAAAGAUUGAGAUCAAGGCCAUCAAGGAUGACAGGAACCGCUCUGUCACCUUUCUCAAGCGAAAGGGCGGCCUGUUCAAGAAGGCGCACGAGCUCUCCGUCUUGUGUUCGGUGGACGUCGCCGUCUUCAUCUUCGGCAACAACAAGAAGCUGUACGAAUACUCCUCCACAGAUAUGCGUGAGAUGAUCACAAGAUACACCUAUCACGGUGGCCCGAACGAGCAUAAGGGGCCCUCAGACUUCAACGGCGGCAACGACGAGGACGAAGAUGAGGAAGGCGAUGGCACGCCUCCUCACGGAGACUCCAUGGAGCCUCAAAUGAUUCCGCCUCAGUUCCAAGGACAAGCGCCCUUUCCUCACAUGCGACACCACACUCCAUCAGCAUCACCGCCGAUCCCCAACGGCAUGCCUUUCCCGCAGCACCCUGGUCAUCCCGUACAACGCGGGCACACGCCGCAGCCGCAGAUGGGAUCGCGCCCUGCCUCUAGGCAAGACAUUCGCCGGAUGGGCCCCAACAUGGGCCCUCAGCCUGUCGGCCCUCCUGGAUCUCAGCAACCUCCUGUCAACGGAUUCGCGUACAUGCCCAACCCGGCCAUCUACAACCCUCAAAGCCAACCCAACAUGCCGCCUAACAUGCCUCACGGAUUACCCCAACACGGCCCUCAGUAUCCUCAAUACCCGCCGAACCCUCAUCCCCCUCACAUGCAACAAUACAUCGAGGAGCAGCGCCGUUCUAUGCCACCCAACUACCCGCAACAGCACGGACCGCCUCAAGGGCCUGGACCCCAGGUAUCUCGGAUCUCGCCAUCUCCGCCGCAGCCUCCUACCCAGCAGUUGCCUCCUCAGCCGCCUCAGAUGUCACCCCCGCCGCCACAGCCUCAGCAGCUUGAGCCUCAGCAGCAACCGCAUCCUUCACCUCAACCUCAGCACCAGCCUCAACCUCAGCAGCAGCAGCAGCAACAACCGCCGCCGCCGCCACCGCCACAGGCGCCGGAGGCCGCGAUGCCGGCGCCCAUGGAACCCCGAUCCGAGCCGCAAGACAGACCUCAGCCGCCGCUCUUGAAUACUGAUAGCGCGAUCAAGAAGCUGCCGCAGCGCAAGCAGCACAGCAUCUUCACGCCUAUCGACGAGAACCGCUCGAUUUUGUCUCAACAUUUAGCUUCGUUCGCCUCCGACCAAAGUAACGGGAAAGGAGAUGCCAAUCGUCCUCAGCUGCCCGAUCAGAUCAUCAAGGUUGAGGCUAAUCGCGCUCAGUCGGUGGAUGUGGGCGCGGUCUCAAGGACCAACGGUUCUACCUCUUCCCCGCCUCUGCCUCAGCGCGCCAGCACUCAGUCGCUGAACAAGACUCGCAACAUUUCUGUAUCGUCUAUCCCGGAGACAACGUUUACUCCACCUUCUCGCGCCAAUAGCAUGAAGAUUGGAGGAGGUGGUGCGCGUCCCCGUUUGAGGGUGGAGAUUCCCGACGAACCUUCGGAUGGCGGUAGCGCAACUGCCGAGUCAAACUCUCCUCGCAACUCGACAGACGCCACAUCCCAGACGACUCGGCGACAUGCAUCCGAUUCGCACUCUUCCGGAAUGGUCCUCCCGCCGCCAUCCCCAUCCGCACAAACGCUCCUUUCGGCCGGUGCCACGGGCCCUCCCAAUCCGUUUGCUCGUCCUCCGCCUCAGCAGCAAAACAGCAACAUGAACAUUGACACUCCAGUGUCCGCUCUCCCCUCACGAUUCCUCAACAAUGAGUUUCUCCCAAGCCCCAGCAGCUUCUACCCUGAGUGGUAUUCGCGGGGCGGCAGUGACAGCAACACGCUGCCCAGCCCUUUGAACUUCGCGACUCCUGUGGUUGGCUCAGGUCCCAGUUUUCUGAGGGACGACAAUGCCACCAGCACCAAGCGCAAGAGUCCCGAAAUUAGCGCCAGCGGCCCGCACGACGGGCCCGAGGCUGGCAACGAGCCUAAGCGGGUUCGAGUCGACUCCUGA